AUGGACGCUUUAGCCCUGAAGGUUGAACACAUGUCUGCAAAUCCUACAGCCGCAGUAGCUAUAGAUUGUGAAAUCUGUGGAACCAAAGGACAUCUUGCACCAGAAUUCAAUCUGUUAACUGAAUCAAACUCAGACCGGGUCAAUUAUGCCCAAGGAAACCCGUUUUCAAACACUUACAACCCGGAAUGGAAGAAUCAUCUAAACUUCUCUUAUAAAAACAAUAACCUUAUUCAAAACUCUACCCCUCAAAGACCAUCAGCCUUGAGUGAACCAGAGGCUUCUAAGAAAAACGUUGUGUCUAUAGACGAAGUGGAGGAAGCAGAGAGGCAAAAAGACCAGAAAGUGAAGGAUAAGGGAGAAGAUAAAGAUAAAGUUUAUGUUCCACCCUCUCCUUAUAAACCACCAAUUUCAUGCCCGCAAAGACUUAAACAAACAAAAAUUGAUAACCAAUAUAAAAAGCUGGAUGAUCCCAAACCUUUAGAAUGCAACUCCAUUGCUGAGAAUAAACUUGUUAAGAAGGAGAAAGAUCCCGAAAGAUUUUCCAUACCUUGUAUUUUAGGGAAUCAUGUUAUUGACAAAGCAUUCUUAGACUUGGGAGCAAGCGUAAGCUUGAUGCCUUUAGCAGUUUGUAGAAGGCUAAACCUAGGAGAAUUACAACCGACUAAGAUGUCUCUUCAAUUAGCCGAUAGAUAUGUGAAAUAUCCAGUAGGCAUAUUAGAAGACAUCCCAUUUAGAAUUUGA